GUCGUUUUUUUGUUUAUCGCAACAUGCACCAGCCCAUCCUCCAGGGCCCGAGCGCUAGCGCGCAGAUAACCCUUGGGUUUGCACCCGUUCUAACCAUCGGCUGCUGGGCCAGCCUCGGCAACCUCACCAGCGGUUCCGUUUCCGCUUCCGUCCGUUUGGAGCCGUACAUCACACAGGGUCUCUCGGUGCACACGCUCGGACCAUUCCAAACGCCGCCGCCGAUCGAUUUAAAAUCUGUCCCCUCCACAAACGGCUUGUGCAAUCAGGGUCACGAUACGCGGCUGAAUCUUCAGACGGGCGUGCUUCCGCUGCGGUUGACAGCGCAGUACCACCUGGCAUCCGACAUCACGGCCACUUUCACAUCAGACGGACAGCCUUGGCAUUCCGACGCUAUGUGGGGGCCGUGGCUGAUGAAGUGGGUGGAAAAGCCCCCGGUGACUCUGAUGUACAAUUGUUAUUGCCUUUCCUGCCCUGUCCCGACUCCAGUCUCUACCGCCUCUUCCGCAAACUAAGCCGCCGGUUUCAACCAAAGUGCCAGCACCAAGCUCGACACCGACACCGACUGCGACACUUCCGCCAGG